AACAAACGAUCCACGAAACAAAAUGGCGGAUUCAGCCAAAUCGACAUUAGUACAAGGAUAAUUCGUCUGUUUUAAUGAUAUAAAUGGCUCAAAGUGAAAUUUCUACGCAAAGGCUUGUACCCGAGGAAAAGGUUUUUAGGCAAAUAUUUGACGCUGAGGUAAGCCUAGUGGAAUCACUCGAGAAGGAACGAAGACCAGUCAAAUCAAAGUCUGCGCCAGUUUUACCACUAGUCAGGGAGUCAAGAGCUGUUACUGGACAUGGUAUUUUAUCACGAAGGCAAAAAGAGUGGACUCAAGGGAGAUUGAAUGAAUCCUAUAUCGAGAAUCCCGUUCAUUAUAAGUAUGCUGCUUUGGAAGCCAUUGAGAAAGAUUCCAAGCCUGAAAGCUAUCUGGCUGCUCAAGAAGUCAGAGGUCUGUCAUCUGACAUGCCAAUUUUCUUUGCGGCUAAUGAACAGCUUGUACCCGAGGAAAAGGUUUUUAGGCAAAUAUUUGACGCUGAGGUAAGCUUAGUGGAAUCACUCGAGAAGGAACGAAGACCAGUCAAAUCAAAGUCUGCGCCAGUUUUACCACUAGUCAGGGAGUCAAGAGCUGUUACUGGACAUGGUAUUUUAUCACGAAGGCAAAAAGAGUGGACUCAAGGGAGAUUGAAUGAAUCCUAUAUCGAGAAUCCCGUUCAUUAUAAGUAUGCUGCUUUGGAAGCCAUUGAGAAAGAUUCCAAGCCUGAAAGCUAUCUGGCUGCUCAAGAAGUCAGAGGUCUGUCAUCUGACAUGCCAAAGAAAAAUCACAGCAAGUCUAAUAUUAUUGAAAGAAUCCAAGCAAGUAGGAAAGAGAGGCAUGACACUGUACUAGAAGACAUGUAUCAGGAGUUUGCUCUGAUUAGUUCUGAAUUAGAGCCAAGAAUAAUUGAAGCUAGUCAGUCCAUAAAAGAGACAUUACAUGACGAUGAUAAAGAAAUCGAGAAGAUUUUGCUAAAGAUUAAUGAUGAUAAUGACCUGUUGCAGUACACCUUAGAAGAUCUUCACAGCCUAUGGGAUAGCGUUGSACAGCAUUCAUUUACGCGGCAGUCAUGGAUAACAGAUCUUGAUAAGACUUUAGACCAAGUCGAAUUGGAUCGAUGUUCAAUGAUCCGCGAGACUCUCAAGAGUUAUAAUAAAACCCUGGAGAGGAUUGCACACCUUAUGCCGCCUGAUGUACACAGACUUCUUGAGAAAGAAUCGCUUCAUAUGAACUCAACGGUUCUGACUAAUCGCAGAGCAUAUGCUGACCUUAUUGAACACUUGAUGAGUGCGGAUGUACAAAGGGAAAAGCAGUGUUAUAUUUGGUGGAAGCAAAGAGUUGAAGACUGGAGACAGCUUAAAGUUGAUCAGUUUAUCAAGCGUUUUCGCGAGUUUAUGCAGAGUCCACCAAUCAGCGAACCGCCAGGAGUUAARCGUGAAUUACAGCACUUUGCAUUGGAGCAAAACGCAAUUAAUAAGCGGCGGUUAGAUUUGCUCGAAACRCUUAAAAAUAGGUUUUUCGUGGAACUUCACUCCAGAUACAAGUCUAUCAUGCAGUUAGAAUACGACAGAGUGCUGAGGCAAUGCCUUGAAGAAGUCAACAAAUUUAAGAAAGAGUUUGCUUCUUCUGGUAUACUUGACGAUGUUCGAAUWGAUGAGGUUGUAAAUGAGCAUUUCCUGCCUCUUGUUGGUGAGAARCAAACAAAAUAUGAACAUGAAAUUGACAAAAUGGAGCGUUCAUUGGAGAACCUGACCAGCUUCCAAGACAUGAUGGUUAAGUCAUUGUUUAAGUUCGUCCAGGGAGCGGCUCACUUGUGGGACUUACAUGAGAUUGGCCUUGCAAGACAGGAACGAGCAUUGCAGGAAAUCCUCGAAAAGAAUCGGCAGAAUCACGACGGCGCUAAUCAGAUCAAAGAAGCUAACCUUGACAUCAUUAUGGACAAGAUGAGACAGGAUUCUACGGAAAAUGCUUUGACGCUCAGUCUCAAUCAAGCACUCAAUCUCCUACGUGAAAUCAAACAAAUGUACAACGAUUUCCACAAUCAUCAAGUCGAAACAGCCUGUGCCUAUCCAUCAUUAGUSAUCGAGGAGCUGAGAAAUUACGAUGUUGAAGUGUGCAAAUACUUCCAAGUGAAUCGUAACAUUCCYACGGUAAGUGAUGGAUCGGAACCCAUGACACAUUGCAAACCGAUUCAAAAUGCCGGGMUUGUAAUAUGGACUAUGCUACAAUUUUUUGCGUCACUCGCUAUUUUCUUGUUGUUUUCAUUUUACUUAAAAAAGGCAAAUCAACAAAUUGACAUUUCAAUAGUUGUUUUAUUACAUAUUAAACCAAUAACAAAACAAAUAAAAAACAAAGCUAAAAACAUACAUUGCUCAUGUCAUCUGUCACUCGUAGACAACGAUGAAAUUACACCGCCGUACCUCGAUGCUAUCGCCAUUAAAGAAGAACUUUUCGUUGAAUUAAGGAAGCUAAUUAGAAUGGAAUUCCUUGAACACUUGGAAAWGUGGAAAGAACAGGCGUUGGAACAUGCGAAUAGUGUAGUGUCUGCUAAGGUGGAAGAACUUAACAGUGAGCUUGAUCUAAGACUCCAUCUGCACGAACCUAGAGCCGCUCGAGCCGAGCAAGACGUGCAUAACGUUAGAGCUGCGGAAUUGAUAAUGCACAGAGAACGAGUAGACGGCCAUUGCAAAGGUGUAACUACGACACUCAACCAGUUUAAGACUCGCUUUCAUGAGAUGGUCGAUGAACACGAUAAAGAGACCGAGGUGUUUAAGCAGUCUGUACUUGAGCUCGAAGCAACAUUUGUAUCGGCAACCAAGACACACGAGUUACUUGCCAUCCAAGAUCAAGUUGCAAAUCGUGUAGAGCAGUACAUGUGCGUAAUACGUAGCUCUAUCAGGAAGUUCCGUCACGACCUGGACGAGAUUCUAAGCACAUUGCGGAACUCAAACGCAAGAUUUCGUAAGACUUUCAAGGUGUUUUCUGAUGGAGGUAAUUUUUCUACCGAUGAAAUAGAAGAAUAUAGGAAACGACUGGAAAAAAUGGCCAGUCGUAUUGACACAUCAGAGGGYUCAUUCAUGGCAGAACUUGAAGGGAUGGAGACAAAGCGCCUUGAGGCUGCUACUGAUCACGCUGGAAAAUUGGAAGACAGAUUCAAGCAUCAUUUAUUUGACUUGACAUACAUCGAAAAAAUCACAAGAUGGUUGACCAAUACACAAGUAAAAGUCAAGAGCGAGGUAUCAUUCAGUAAUUCCCAAGCCAAGAAACUUGCUAUGUUUAUGGCCACUUUUGAUCGUCAUAUUGAUGCAGUGGAGAAACCGAACUUGGACAAAGACCAAGUAACAGCUCGAGAGGUACAGGCAAGUUUAAUACCCAUCUUACAAGCCUUCCAUGAACGAUGYAUCUAUCUCAAUGCAUUACUUGGAGAUGCGACGCCCAGCCUAAAYGUCUUAAAGGCUGGUCUGAAAGUUGGAUUUGAAGACAAAAAAGCUCAAAYAAAGGAUGGGAAACCAGCCAAACCAGAUUUAAAGSCCAAGAAGUCCAAGCGUAAGUCUAUUACGAAACAAGAUGCCAGUGUUGCUGAAGAAGUUACAAAACCGAAGACCAGCCCUGCUUCAUCAAGAAUGGCCAAGGCGAUCGAUGACGACGGACGACCGAAAACCGUCCCAACCAAUGAUAAUAAAGCGCCAUUUAAGAGGACGACAUCUGAUUUGGAGAAACGAAAAAGCGCUGGGUCCAGGAAGACCAGCGCGGUGAAACGCGAUCAGUUAUCAAAGAUCGACAAGAAAUUCCUGGUAUUUGGAGAAAAACCAGAAGAAGGAGAGCAUUUUCUCGCAAAAAUAAAGAAUGUUCUUCGUGAAGGCAUGGAGGGCCUCCUAGCAACUGCAGAGAUGUAUUACAGACAAAAAGGAUCUCAAAGAGCGCCAACCAGACCCCAGGCCAUCCAGGAAAACUUUGACGCCUGUGCUGAAAUUCUUGUCCAGCGGUUGCAGUCAUACAAGACUCAAGCUGAGGAAUACCACAACUCAUGUAUCCAAGAAUUGAGAGGGCAACUGCAAAAGUUCUCGUAUCUAAUUGUUCGCGUCCCUGUGCUUGCAAUGGACGUUGUAGUCCAAGAACAUUUGAAAGAACUCUACCAAAUACGUCAGCAGAAGGAAACUACGUUCAGGGAUCACUUAAAUGAACUUGAUCGCAGAAAGCAACUUCACCAAUCKCAACUGCGACCAAGYCUCGGACAUCCUCACAAUCGAGAAGAAAUGGACACUUUGUGUGAAAGUGAGACUCGUCGAAAUAYAGAAUCAACUGAUGCAAUUCUAGAUCACGCUAACAAUCUAGCGAAUUUGGAAGUGGAGUUCGGCCGCACAUUYGUCGAGAAACUUGCGCACAUCUGCGAGACAAUAGUUUUACAGUUUGACGCUGUCCUGACUAUUGAUGACGUAAUAGUGGGAGAAGUGGAACCAAAACCCAAGAGUACAAAGAGGCUAAUUAGAGAAAAGCUCGCUGGUGGAGAGGAAGCGGCAGACAAGCUGGCCCCUAUACAAAAAGGAAGUGGUAACUGGGAAGGUCUUCCAAACAAUGAACUUGCCGUUGACCUUCGAGUGGAUAAAAUAACUCGAACCCCAUCACUGCGAACAGUGAAAACUACGCAUGCGCAYUUAGCUGCUAUUAAAGCCCGUAACUCUGCAUACGAGGACUAUAAAGCAAGGUUCAUSGAAUCRAUAUCCAACAUUCAAAAGACAAAAGUCGAGGAGCUSGAUAAAGAARCUCACUGGACGAAAAGUUGGGAAAGAUCAAUAAGAAAAAUCAAGGAAUUGUACUGAAAGUGUUGAUAAAGAGUUUUAAUAUUAUUGGGACUUUGAUGUUCACAUUUUACCGUGUAAAUAUGUCUUAAUAAAAAAAAACACUUCAAACU